UUUUAACGAACGGCCAGGUCGCGGAAAAAACGCAGACAUCGGAGAAAGAAAUCAGAGAAAUAAAUACACAGAAAUUAAAAUAAUAAGCUAGCUCGGAAGUGUCGUGCUCCGUGGUUUUAUGGAUACAUCUCGAUCAUUUAACAAACGUGCGCGGCCCCAUUUCCUAUGACGACAAACCGGGCGGAGUAAUUCGAAUCUGAACCUACAUUAAAGCCAUGUCCGCCAAAACCGAGGCGGACAAUACGACAGCCGCUCAUUCAGGCGGCAUCGGUGGAGGUGCCAACAGCAGCGGCUCAUCCUCCGCCGGCGGCACAACGUCCGCCAACGGAACAGCGACUCCAGCGCGUCGCCUACGCACUCGCAACUCGACCGGCCACGGGGCAGCCAGCGGUGGAGAGUCCGCCAAGAAAUCAAAUGUCAGUGAUGAGACCUCCUCCACUCCUAUCACCCCGGCAGGUGCCCAUAUCACGCCCGCUGCAACCGGCCCGACGACGGUGGUUGAGCGGCCCAUGCCCAGUGUACCGAUGAACCAUGCCAGCAGCAGCGUAUCGGCCAGCAAGAAGUAUCACAAUAGCUGCCCCCAUCCAACUCCUACUCCCCCGUCCGGACACAAGAAGACGGUGCACACUCAGCCGCAUAGCAGCAACAAGUUCGAUCAGGGCAAAAACGAAGAGUUUCACUUUGACACUCCGCAAGAAUGCCCCGUAUUUCGUCCCACUACCGAGGAGUUUAAGAAUCCACUUGCCUACAUCAGCAAGAUCCGAUCUAUUGCUGAAAAGUGUGGCAUUGCUAAGAUACAGCCGCCGGCUUCCUGGUCGCCACCGUUUGCCGUUGAUGUGGACAAAUUGCGCUUUACACCGCGAGUCCAGCGGCUCAAUGAAUUGGAGGCCAAAACGCGCGUCAAGCUUAACUUCCUCGACCAGAUCGCCAAGUUCUGGGAGCUGCAGGGCUCCUCUCUCAAAAUUCCGAUGGUGGAGCGUAAGGCCCUCGACCUGUACACACUGCACCGUAUCGUGCAGGAAGAAGGUGGCAUGGAGCAGACCACGAAGGACCGCAAGUGGGCUAAGGUGGCCAAUCGAAUGCAAUACCCUUCCAGCAAGAGCGUUGGCGCCACAUUGAAGGCGCACUAUGAGCGCAUUCUACACCCCUUUGAGGUGUACACAUCCGGCAAAGUAUUGGGACCCACACCAGCCGCAGCUACUGGAUCUGCAGGCGGUACGCCGGUGAAGCUAGAGGACGGCGGUGGUGGCACCGACUACAAGGUCCAUGAGAUACCAACACGGCAGCAGAUUGCGCCGCCAAACGAAAACAGCACUCGUCGCUCCAAGCGCUUUGGCAACUCCAGCGCUAGCUGUGGCCUAACCGGUGGUACUACGACGCCCAAGCCCUCCGCUACGGGGGUUUUCGUCAAGACGGAGCCCAAGGAAGAGUUUAAACGAGAUCUGCUUAGCAGCUUCAAUGCUUCAAUAAAUAGCGGUGGCAACAGCACGACAUCAGCCGCAGGCGGGGGCCCUGCCAACACUCGUGGGGCCAACCAAAAAAAGGGACUUGGUGAACCCCCGGCCCUGAUUGUCGAUCCCCUAAUGAAGUACAUUUGCCACAUAUGCAAUCGCGGCGACGUUGAAGAAUCCAUGUUGCUCUGCGAUGGCUGCGACGACAGCUAUCACACCUUCUGCCUGCUUCCACCCCUGACAAGUAUACCAAAAGGCGAAUGGCUCUGUCCGCGCUGCGUUGUCGAGGAGGUCAGCAAGCCGCAGGAAGCAUUUGGUUUCGAACAGGCAGAACGAGAAUACACUCUGCAGCAGUUUGGACAGAUGGCCGAUCAAUUCAAGCAGGAGUACUUCCGCAAGCCGGUACAUCUAGUGCCCACCGAGAUGGUGGAGCGCGAAUUCUGGCGCAUUGUGUCCUCCAUUGACGAAGACGUGACCGUUGAGUAUGGCGCCGACUUGCAUACAAUGGAUCAUGGUUCCGGUUUUCCCACCAAGAGCUCACUGUAUCUGCUACCGGGCGACCAGGAAUACGCAGAGUCCAGCUGGAAUCUGAACAAUCUUCCGCUGCUGGAAGAUUCCAUUCUGGGACACAUUAACGCCGACAUUAGCGGCAUGAACGCGCCGUGGAUGUACGUGGGCAUGUGCUUCGCUGCCUUCUGCUGGCACAAUGAGGACCACUGGAGCUACUCGAUCAACUACCUUCACUGGGGAGAGCCGAAGACAUGGUACGGUGUCCCGGGUUCCUGUGCCGAGCAAUUCGAGGAGACCAUGAAGCAGGCAGCUCCCGAGCUCUUCUCCUCUCAGCCCGACCUGCUGCAUCAACUGGUGACGAUUAUGAAUCCCAACAUCUUGAUGAAUAACCGCGUACCAGUAUUUCGAACUGAUCAGCACGCCGGCGAAUUUGUGAUCACGUUUCCUCGCGCCUACCAUGCUGGCUUCAACCAGGGCUACAAUUUCGCUGAGGCAGUCAACUUUGCGCCCGCCGAUUGGCUGAAAAUGGGACGCGAGUGCGUCAAUCACUACUCCAUGUUGCGUCGCUUCUGCGUCUUCUCGCACGACGAACUCGUUUGUAAGAUGGCUUUGGAGCCUGCCAAGCUGACCUUCGGUAUUGCCACCGCCUGUUAUAUCGACAUGGCCGAAAUGGUAGACACGGAGAAAAAGCUGCGAAAAUCGCUCCUCGAGUGGGGCGUAACGCGUGCUGAGCGACGGGCCUUCGAGCUGGUUAACGACGACGAACGCCAUUGCCAGGAAUGCAAUACCACUUGCUUCCUUUCGGCUGUGGCCUGCGAGUGCAACGACAAGCUUAUUGUCUGCCUGCGCCACUACACAGUGCUGUGCGGAUGUGCUCCAGAGAAGCACACGUUGAUCUAUCGCUACACCCUGGACGAGAUGCCGCUAAUGCUGCAAAAGUUGAAGGUGAAGGCGCAUAGCUUCGAACGUUGGCUAUCUCGUUGCCGGGACAUCGUAGAUGCCCAUACACCCACUUCGGUGACACUGCAGGAGCUACAAGAUUUGUGCAAGGAGGCCGAGACUAAAAAAUUCCCAUCGUCGCUGCUAAUCGACCGUCUCAAUGCAGCGGCUAUCGAGGCCGAGAAAUGCGUCACAGUCAUCCAACAAUUGGGAAUUAAUAAGGUUCGAACCCGUUCCGAUCACAACCAGGAGGCGGCUCAGUACAAGCUGACCAUGGAGGAGUUGGAGCUGUUCGUUCAGGAAAUCGAUAAUCUCUGCUGCAUCAUAGACGAGGGGGCAUCGGUGCGUGAACUCCUUGUGCUUGGUAAACAGUUCGUGGAUCGGGCGGACGGGCAGCUGCAACUGUCGUUGGAGGCACUGGAGGAGAGUGAACUGGAGACACUGAUCAACGAGGGCAGCUCACUGCGCAUUGAGCUGCAGCAGCUCGAUUUGCUGCAGAAGCGGCUUAAACAGUGCAAGUGGUACAAGCGCUCGCAGGGUUUGCGGGAAACGAGUUCUAAGCUUACGUAUCAGGACGUAAAGAACCUUUUGCACAUGGCAGCCGCCGAUCUGGAUCCAACGGAUCCUUAUGUGGACCGGGAAAUGCGCAAGCUCCAGCAGAUUGGAGCGGACAUCGAGUCUUGGGAGUCGCAGGCGGCCAAGUACUUCCGCCGACUGACACAACAGCACGAGUUGGCCGAAAUCGAGCAGUUCCUCAAGUCGGCCGGCGAUAUAAAUGGUCAAGUACCGUCGCAUGGCCUGCUAAAGGAUGCGCUACGCAAAGCGCGCGAAUGGCUGCGGGCCGUGGAGCAACUGCAGCAGAACAACCACGUCACCUAUUGCCACACGCUCGAGUCGAUGAUCGAACGCGGCCUGAACAUACCAAUUAAGUUGGAGGAACUCAGUCGGAUGCAGGGUCACCUCAGCAGUGCCCAUCAGUGGAAGGACAAUACGGCGUGUGCUUUCCUCAAAAAGGGCACAUUUUACACGCUUUUAGAGGUGCUGAUGCCUCGGGCGGAUGCCAUUAAUAUUGACUCGGAUCUCAAGCCCCGAUUUCAGGUAAACUUUUUAAAAGAAAAAAAUCCGGCGGAGAUUGUGGCCAGUUUUAAGAAGGCUGAGGAGCAAGAACUACUGGACAUGCGCGACCUGCGACGUCAGAAUAUGGCCAAGAAUCCGUUACGGGACAUGUUCUGCCUAUGCAAGUCAGAGUUCCGAGGCCUAAUGUACAACUGUCAGCUGUGCCGUGACUGGUUUCAUGAGGAUUGCGUCCCAGUGCCAUCGGCGACGAAUCAAAAUGGCAUUCAAAACGGUGGAGGCGGCGGCACAGGAGGAGGAACGAAUCGGCCGAAGUGGCUUUGCCCGAGCUGCGUGCGCUCAAAGCGACCCCGCUUAGAGACCAUCCUGCCGUUGCUCGUUCAGUUGCAACAACUUCCCAUCCGUCUGCCCGAAGACGAGGCCUUGCGGUGCCUGGCGGAGCGUGCAAUGAACUGGCAGGAUCGUGCCAGAAAGGCGCUGAGUAGUCCCGAUGUAAGCGCCGCCCAGGAGGCGAUACUCGCCCAGCAACAGCAGCAGAAGCGUCGAUCCGAGGGCGUGGCCGGGGUGGGCAAUAUCAACAGUCCGCGAAAGCCGCGACGCCGCACCAGUCUCUCGAAGGAUGCCAGCGGAUCUACCGAGUCCGACGAUGCCGACGAUGAUGAUGACGAUGACGAUUGCCGACUGCGUAUCGUUGAGGAUGGGUUUAGCAACGACGAGGAUGAGCACCGCUCCGCCGCCACAACUGUGACCGCUGCGGCGACCAACCCGACGACGAAUUCCGAUCUCCUAAAGCUGCUGUCCGACAGCGAAAUUGAGAAUCUGCUCGAUCUAAUGAUGGAGGGUGACCUGCUAGAGGUCUCCUUGGAUGAAACGUACGAGCUGUGGCGCAUACUGGAGACGAUGCCGCCCACCCUGCUAGAGGCGGAUGCCAUUGAGCGAGUUGCCAUGCAUUUGCAGCGCCAACUGCAACAGCCGCAGCCGCCAAAUCCGCUGACCGCCACCUCGGGUGCGGAGGACUCCAACGAUAGCCUUUUGGUGCAAAACAGUAGUCCCAACAGCAACAGCAACAGUGGUGGAGGGACAGCCUCGGCCAACACCAACAAUAACAACAACAACGGUCGCAACAAGAACAAGAGGCGCUCCAAUGAUGCCAGCGGCAACACGGCCGUGCCGCGAAAGAAACAAAAUACGCCCAAGCAGACGCCCGGCAAGAAGGGAGCGGGUGCGGGUGCAACCGCGGGACGUAAGAGUGACGCCUCAAAGGCAUCGCCAGCAGCGUCUGCUCCGGGAGCCGGCGCCGAUGCUGAUGCGGAGAACAAGCAGGCCAAUGGCGGCAACACUAACUCCAAUGCAGGAACAGCGACCACCACGACUCCAACUGCUCCUGGUUCGGGGCACAAAAAACGCAAGCGCAUCUCCACAACAACAGCCGCCGCAAACAACAAUAACAACAACUCCAACACAAACAACAACGGCAACAAUGCCAACAGUAAUCCAGCCCAGGCAACAGGAACCGCCGUCAGCGGCAAUAGCACAACCGGCGGUGGCCAAAAGAAGCACGCCCAGCGAUCGCAGCAGGCCGCCCAAGAGGACGACGAGGAGGAGUGCCGGGCAGAAAAUUGCCACAAGCCAACCGGGCGGGAAGUGGACUGGGUGCAGUGCGAUGGCGGGUGCAACGAGUGGUUCCACAUGUACUGCGUGGGCCUUAUACGCAGCCAAAUCAAGGCGGAUGACGACUACAUCUGCAUUCGAUGCACCAAGACGGUGGCAGUGGCGGCUCUUGCCUCCGGUGCGGGAGCCACGACGACGCCGACGACGACACCGGGAAAGCAGCGGGCAGCAGCGCAAUCGGCGCGGUAAAGAUGAGCAUCGAUAGAUUUUAGAUUUUUUGCAGUAACAGCCGAUUUGUGUUUUACGCAAUGAUUUUUACAACUAAAAAAGGAGAAAACAACAAAAAAAAACUUGCAGACAAAACGAUGAAAGUUUAGUAAAAGUCACUUGAAAGUUUUUGUAGUACAUAUAUUUACCAUUAUCUAGCUAUAUAUAUUUACGCAGCCGAAAACGUAAAACACACACACUCUUUUAAACUAAAAACACAACAACAAAAAGAAAGGAAAAUACAAAGAGCCGAACGAGAAAAGGUAACAAGAAUUUUUGCAUAGUAAAAAAAAACAUAGUUUAAGUGAGAAACUGGAGAGAAAAAUGCAGAAACGUAAAGAACAACAUAUAAAUAUUUGUUUUUUGUAAAAUUUCAGCCACAUUUUACGUUCGUUAAACGUUUUUAUUAUUAUUAUUAUUAUUAUUUAAACUUACCAUUUACCUGCUACUCUUAGUUUUUGUUAAUUUAAUUCCCUUUUUGUGUUCGGCUUGAGUUUCAUACAAUGCGCCCGCAGCAAUGGAUUUUUCCCAUUUUAUUUAAAGUUUCCCAAACUUUUGUUUU